CCGCAGCCUGGCGAUUACCUGGAGCCGGGGCCGCCUCUCUUUCCCCCUGGCGUCCGCAGAAGGAGAAGCAGCCGCCGGCGGAGGAAGAUUCACGGGGAAGCGUCUCGAAGGCGGCCCGAGAGGAUGGAUGUGGCACCUCCCAGCUACUGUUUUGUUGCAUUUCCACCAUCUACUAAAGAUGGCCAUGUAGUGGUUGGAAAAAAUUCUGCACGUCCUCGUGAUGAAGUUCAGGAGGUAGUUUAUUUUGCUGCUGCUACUUAUGAUCCAGGAUGUAAAGUUGAGUGCACAUACAUUGAGAUAGACCAAGUACCUAAGACAAAUGCUGUUGCACUGAGCAGACCUUCCUGGCUCUGGGGGGCUGAAAUGGGAGCCAAUGAACAUGGACUUUUCAUUGCUAAUGAAGCUGUGCUAGCCAGAGAACCAGCCUCUGAAACUGAAGCCCUCCUAGGAAUGGAUCUUGUGAGACUUGGGCUCGAAAGAGGUUCAACUGCUAAAGAAGCCUUGGAUGUCAUUGUCUCACUGCUGGAAGAAUAUGGUCAAGGUGGAAAUUACUAUGAAGAUGGAAGUAUGUGCCACACCUUCCUGUCUGCUUAUCUGAUAGUGGACAGAAAAGAAGCUUGGGUGUUGGAUACUAUUGGGAAAUAUUGGGCAGCAGAGAAGCUUACAGAGGGAGUAAAGUGCAUUUGCAACUGUCUGUCUGUAACUACCAAAAUUGAUGCAGAGCACCCUGGGCUUAGAGGUUAUGCAGAAAGUAAAGGAUGGUGGAGCACAGAUAAGGAGUUCAAUUUUGCUGAAGUAUUUUCCCAAGUUGAUGAUCGUUUAAAAUGUUGCUUGGGGAAGGAGACCUUUAGAAAGCAAGAAGGCAACAUCACUGUGGAAACAAUGAUUGACCUAUUGCGUGACAAGGCCGAGGGCAUAUCUGUGGAUUCAGACUCUUUUCUUACUACAGCAAGCAUGGUGUCCAUCUUACCGCAGAAUCCGACUUCCCCAUGCGUUCAUUUUUUCACUGGCACACCAGACCCAUCCAAGUCCAUAUUUAAACCUUUUAUCUUUGUGGAUGGUGUGAAAGUAGUACCUAAAGUUCAGUCACCCAUUUUUGGUAGCGAAGAUCCUGUGAAAAAAAUUCCUCGGUUCCAGGAGAAACCUGAUCGCCGACAUGAACUGUACAAGGCGCAACAGCGGGCCCAAUCAGUCUUAGACAGCGAUGAUGAAAAAGGUCAGACAUUAAGAAGAACCAUGUUAAACCUUGAAAAACAAGGCUUGGAAGCAAUGGAGAGCAUAAUCUGUAGCUCUGAGAUUCUUGAUUCUUCAGAAAUAGAAGAUCUUUUCUAUGACUGCGUAGAUACAGAAAUCAAAUUCUUCAAAUGAAUGCCCAUAGCCACAGUUAGCCUUUGCACAAGAAGAACAUAGAACUCUUCAGGCCUUGAAAGAUAAUCUCACCAUAUUGCCGAAUUUGGGAGGAAAUAUUCAUCUUGUUAGAGAAAUUUUCCUCAGUAGCUAUAUCCAGUUAACAUCCUCCUUCAUCAUGUGUUGUCCUGUGUGUAGAGGGUUCACUGAUCGGUUCAGUUAGUAUAUGCAUGCUGGCCAAUGUAAUGCUGGAAUGUUUUGUUUUAUUUGGGCGACAAAACUUUAAAAAUGAAUAAUUUUAGAAAAGACCAUAUAGGUCUCAAUGUUGUUUUCAGAUCAAGCAGAAUCUUCUGAGAAUUUCCCUUCAAAAUACUGAUCCACUUUCAAAAGAAAGAUGGAUCACUUUAUGACUUCUAAAUGAUAUUUUUGAAUAGAAAAUGUGGAAGUGUUAAAAAAGAAAAUUCCAUUAUAAGGGGUUUAACUUUCAGCAACGGAAUGCCUUCUCACUAAUGCUAGUUUGAAUUAGAAUAAAAUCAACCUACACACACCUUAGAGAAAUUGCCCACCUAGUUCUCUAUUCCUCAGUAUCUCAUAUUUCUUUCUGCUGCAUCUCAACCAUUUCUCCAAAAGUUUUGUUUUGAAUGCUGCCAAUAUUAUUGGAAAUUGGUUGGAAUGGUUUAAAGAGAGGAAGUAUGUGUGAGGAUAUCAUCUAUCAGCUUUGAUUUAAGCUGCCAAUAUGUCUGUUACUGCUUUGCCAAAUAGCAGCAGUCUUUUAAAGCUACUUAAACAGUAGAACAGGAUCUAAUCCAGCAGACAGUGAUUACCAUUAUUAUGUAUUCUAAUAAAGCCCCAGAUGACCAAGGUUAAGUUUGCACACUUUGAUCGGCAGGGUUCAGACAAUUAAUGUGCUUAACCUAUUUCUUUCAUGAGACGACUAGACUGAUUCACUGACAUAGGCAUUUGCAGCAAACAAAUGGGUCAAACUGGCAUGUGUGUGGUAAUGUCAUAACAUAAACUCCGCCCUCAUGUGCUUGCAUCUCAUUGUCUGACACAGGUAUGUAACUUAGAGUUUUUUGCAUUAGGAUGCAUAUUGUAUCCCCCCACACCUCCAAAUGCCCAGGUUCACUGAUGUUACGAAAUUAGAAUUGGUUUCUAAAAGUGAUUGAAGGUGAAAGUGUUAUCUUCCUCCUAGUUUUUGUUUCCUGAAUCCAUUCUCCUUAUGUGAUUUGCGUGUUGUUCAUGCAUCCAGGCAACACUGGACAUUAUUAAAUACUUACCAAGUUCA